AUGUCGCCGGAGCGCCUGCGAAUUUUUAGCCGGCCGUUGCUGUUCUUCUUUGUCAUUGCUUUUGGGAAUAAAAUCCAGAAAAUCCAAGAAAUUAGAGAAAUUAAAUUUUACAAAUUCAAGAAGUGGCCAUUUGAAAAUUGGCCCAGAACUCCGACGCCACUACAAUUAGCGCAAAGCAACCAUCGCCAUCACAGAUCCACUUCCCCGACGCGUGUCAACCUCUACACCUUCUCCUCUCUGUCUCCGUCCGUCCGGUUCUCCAUUAACCACCGUUCGAUUUCUCCCAACCAUCAUUCGAAUCGAUCCACUGCCGUUUCAAAGAAAACCAGAUCAUUUCGUUGCAGCCUCCACAAGAAUCAGGGAGGGAGUCAAAACACCGGAAAUUCCCCGUUGGACAGGCAGGACGAAGCCAGGGAUUUGUGUGAAUUGUGCCGAUCUGAUAUGACGAACUCGCCGGUCCAAAUUGAUGGACUCGAAGGCGACGAAUGGAGAUCAACCGCCCCUUCCCCACCGGCCCCAUCGACAUCCACCAAUUCUGCUCGACAACUAUGUCGACUUCUUUGCCUCCGUCACCCCUGA